AGGAUGACUCCUGGACGCCUCCCUGGUGAGGUGUUCUGGGCACGUCCCCCUGGGAGGAGGACUAGAGGAAGACCCAGAACAUGCUGGAGGGAGUCUGUUUCUCGGCUGUCCUGGGAACGCCUUGGGAUUCCUCUGGACGAGCCGGCCCAACCAUAGAUAGAGAGUGGUGUCAGCUACUCUGAUGAUGGCCAUACUAAAGCGUUUCCCUGGCAUGUAUGAUUGCUGCUUCUCUCUGUGAGGGUGCUCAGGGCCAUGGCUGAGGUGAUGGGACAGAGGAGCCUUGUGGGCUUUGGUGUGGUGUUGGCUUGGCUCGUGCUUUUUCACCUCCUGGUCAAUAUUUGGCUCCUGUGUGUGUUCACCAGCCUGCUGUUGGUGCUCGGGGGCUGGUUCGGCGCACAGGCUAUCUUGAAGUCCAGCAGCGUGGUUCACCUGGACAGGUUCAUCACCCUGGAACAGGUUCAGUCAUCUGCUGAGGAUGAUGAACAUUUGGACCAGGAGAUCCAUAACACAGUGAGAAAAAUAAUUAGAGACUUUGUCACUUCGUGGUACUCCACUGUGUCCGCAGAGAGUGGUUUUGAAAUGGAAGUUCAGGAAGCCAUGAUCUCCAUGGCCAUGGAGCUGAAACUGCGUGCCAGACAUGGUGAUAGAAAGGAACUGACACAGAAGGUGCUGAACCUGGUGGGAGGCCACCUGCAGGAUUACCUCGGAGCUAAGGAGCUGGUGAAAGAAAAAUGGCCCAGUGACAGCAAGCAGUUGUGGAAAGCUUAUUCCUCUGUUGUCACACCUCAUGUUGUCAUGAGCCAUGAUGCAGCAGAGGUCAACUAUGUUCGAGCCAUGGUGGAUUUGCUGCUGCAUGUUUUGGUGCCAUUACCUCAUUUAGAAACCCACACGGGACGGUUUGUUGUCAGGGAGCUCAUCACCUGUAAUGUUCUUCUCCCUCUAGUUGCUAAACUGUCGGAACCUGACUGGUUAAAUCUCCUCAUCAUAGAAAUCCUUGGUAAGUCCAGCACGCCGGUGAAGAUGGUAGCAUCCGAACCAGAGACUUGCACCCUACCAGUACCUGCUGCUGAUUUAGAGACAGCUCCACCUCUACAGGCUGCACGUGUAUCUAAGGCAAAUGGCGAGGCACCUCCACAAGCGGAGACAGAGCGGACUGAUGACACUGAAGCAGUGGUGCCUGAACUUGAUGCAUAUGAUGUGGUUGACUCUGAGGAGGUAAAGUUUCCCCGGGCAUUCUCUGAAGAAGAUGAAGCUUCUCUACCCUUUUUAAGGUGUUACAUGAGAGGAAGAAAGUCCAACCCAUUUUACCAAGAAACUGAUUCUGACCCAGAUUCUCCUUUGGCGGACUAUAAACCCAGCUCCGCCGAUUCCUUGCUCAUGAUAGGUCAAGAAGAUUGUAGCACAACUGGUGAAAUCAACAAUGGUAUAGACUUGGAGGAGGUUUCCCCAAGUCCCGUAGAUGGCUUUUGCCCUCAAGUCUUGGUGAAUGCAGUACUAGUAGACAGUCCUAAUGACAGAUGCCUAUCACCAGUUAGGGAUGCCGAUGGGACUUGCAGUACCAACAGCCUUCAGGAUCUGAAAAGAGAAAACAGUUCCCCUACAGUAACCCAAGGCAGAGAGCUUAUCUUGGGUGUAGAGCAGACUGGAAUGGGGAAUCCCAACGAGCUGAUCGCUGCUAGUCCGCUUCAGAGCUGUUCUCCCAUGUCAACGUUCAGUUUUGAGCCCCUCAGCAGCCCAGAAGGACCAGUCAUCAUCCAAAACCUCCGCAUCACGGGUACUAUCACAGCCAAGGAACAUCGUGGCACUGGCUCACACCCCUACACUCUUUACACCAUUAAAUACGAGACUUCAGUGGGCUGUGAGAACCCAGAAAGCAUCCAGCCAGGCUCUGAGCUCUUAGAGUCUAUACAGACAGGCUCAGAGAAUCCAACUCCCAUCCAGCCUGUAGCAUAUCACUUGGUCAACAGACGAUACAGCGAGUUCCUUAACUUGCAGACUCGGCUUGAAGAAAAAGCGGAACUGCGGAAACUCAUCAAAGGUGUGAAAGGUCCGAAGAAAAUCUUUCCAGACAUGCCGUUUGGAAACAUGGACAGUGACAAGAUUGAGGCCAGGAAAGGACUCCUUGAAGCCUUUUUGAAGCAACUUUGUGCCAUCUCUGAAAUAGCCAACAGUGAAGAGAUACAGGAGUUCCUUGCUCUCAACACAGAUGCCAGGAUUGCCUUUGUGAAGAAACCUUUCAAUGUGUCACGCAUAGACAAGAUUGUAGUGAAUGCUAUUGUAGACACCCUGAAGACAGCGUUCCCUCGCUCUGAACCUCAGAGCCCUACAGAGGAUACCGAGGCCGAGGUGGAUGGAGGGAAGAUAACUGCAGACAAGAGGAGCAGGUCCCGUCUGAAGCUCUCAAGCAAAGGCAUCCCCUUCAUGAACGGCUCGGACAUCAGGCCUCCUGUGUUGUUUGUUUGGGACCAAACCAGCACAGUGUUUCAUGGCAUGUCUCUGGUGGACUUACAAGCCUUUAUUACUGAGGAGGAAAAGCUACUGUUGAAGGAGGCAGACAGGGAGGCUGGUACAGUGUUAGGAGAGUGUGUAGGCGGCCGGGGUCACAGUGUGAGAGGAAAGUGGAGUGAGGAACACGCAGGUGAGAUGUCCCUUGCUGAGGUGACUCUGAACAUCCUGUGUCUUCUGAUGAAGGAGCAGUGGAGCUGGUUAUGCUCGGAAAACAUCCAGAGGACCGUCAGGCUGCUUUUUGGAACUCUCAUUAACAGAUGGCUCGAUGUGAGUGUAGCCAACCUGACAUGUACCAGAUACUGGGCGGUGUACCUGCAGGUAAUUCAGGAAGCUGUGUGGCCGGGAGGGGUUCUGCCAUCCGCCCCUCCACCUGAACGCAGCCAGCAGCAAAAAGACAGCACCAAGCAGGAGGCCUUAGACUGUCUGAUGAAACUUCUGCCAGAUUUGGUCUCAGAUAUGCUGGGUUCUGAUAAGUACAGGCUGAGCUGGCAGACUGCACUGGAUUCUUUUCAAGACCCUUACAUUAACAGACACCUGGUCUAUUGUAUAUUUGACCUUCUGUUGGACUUCUUGGUUCCUGAAUUACCAGAGGAGGAUUUCCAAAGAAGCCUUCUGCAGACUCUCUCUAAGAACCCAGAGAAGAUGUUGGCAUGAGAAGACAACUCAAAUGCAGCUCAAAUAUUUUUCUGUCAUCCUAAGUGACCUCUGAUCAGUGGUGAAAAGGGGUGGAGCUGCUCCCAUUCCACCAAUAUUCAGCAGUGAGUGUGAAAGGUGUUGUGUUCGAUCAGGCUCACCAUCCUCCGUAUUCACUUUAAACUUCUGAGGUCCUUCAGUCUCACCCCCUGAUGAUAUCCUAAGGUCAUAUUGUUUCAUUAGACAUUACUAAGGUUAUUCAACAGUGUCACAUACACAAUAAUACAGUCACUAACUUUCAAUCUGCUUUUGAUCACAGUCACACACGGCUUGUGUUUGAUCCCAGAGUACGGCUGAUCUUUUGUUCAGAUCCAAACGUGGUAAAUCCUCAUCCAACCUUCAAACUUCACCUCUAAACUCCCUUUAGACGCUCCUUAUGCUCUGACUUAUCCCUGGCCUCCACACUCUGACUUCUUCACCAUUCCACCAGCUUUGUAUAGAGCUCCACAUGGUAGCCUCACAUAAUGUGAGCUUUAUUUCCUUGAAUCGGAGCUUUCCUGAGGGAUUUACAUGACAAGUGUCGAUGUGCAGGCAAAGUACACACUGUAUGGGAUGAGUUGUAGAGUUGUCCAAGGGAGUUUGUUUUACUGGUUUUACAGGCACAUGUCUCAGCUGUUUAAACAGGCACUUUAUAAAAUGAAACCAGGCAUAUACCAUUGACAUAAUAUGGGUUGAACUAAAACGUUACAUAAGGGCUGUGUGAUAAAUAUUGGCAGAACUUCAUUUAAAACCAUACAAAACAUGUUAAUGAGUUAAUGAUAUGAGUUAUGUUGAUAUGCAAUGGUGACAAACAAUGCCACCUAUGAUUCUUUUUUCUGAUUUUUGUCUUUUAAACUCCCUGAACAGAUAUACAUCACAUGACCUAUACUAGUUGUUUGCUGCUGUUACUGUAUUUUACAGAAACAUGUGAAAUUCCAUGUCCUCGUGAUUUUUAUUGAAAAUCUAUUCUUCACAGGUCGGUGUUUUCUGUUCAUUAUUUAUCCAGUUAUAAUUAGAUUGCACAAAUCUGGUGGAAACACUCAGGAUGUUCUGUAUUGUCUGGGAUAUCUGCAUCUGAGUUGCGCCUGAAAAGCGUUGUAAAGAUAUGUGGGAAGAAAGUUCACUGAACCUGCAUAUAACCCUGUGUACCUGGUUCAUGGCACAGUUAUAUGGUUUUGUUCAGAAGUGAGGUUCUAGGAAGUUAUCAGCAAAUGUUCGCUUAGCAGUUGUAAAAACAUAUAUUGCCACGAGUUUGUAGAAAAGAGAAGCCAUUUUCAGCGUGGUGCAGGGCUAACGGCUGGAUAUGAACUGAAAAUGUUCAUAUCCAAGGGAUACAGUGCUGUAGUGUUCCAUCAACUGAGGCCGCUGGCUGUAUCAGUCCCUCUUAAAUGUUUACCCGACACCUUUUCUUCUAUUUAAAAUUAAACCUGCAUGUACUGUUCACGGUCUGUUAGAUUCCAGUCAAAAAUGCUGUAAAAGAUUUGGUCCGCCAGCAGGUGGCGAUGUUAGCAUUAACUAUAUCAUAAAGAAAAAGAAAGAGAUUCCUAGACUAGCACUGCUAAAGCAGUACUUGGCUAAAGAUUCUCCCGAAACAACGAGCAGCCUGUUUUCUUUGACACUGUGGCUCUUUCUGCUAUUGGUUAUGAUCUUCUUCAGUUUACAGAUGACAACAUGAUGGAAAAACAGUGAGGACAAUGCGAGAACGAUGUGGAAAACCUCUCAAAAACGUCUUCACUGUUGUGGUUUCUAUCACGAAGGGCUAGAGGAUGAGGUGAGCCUCUGUGCUGUCCUCACAUCUACACCUCAAACAGACCUUUAAAACAUCUCAAUUUUGAAAAGCAUUUUUCUUUAACUUUGCAUGCAAACACAGCAGAAGCGCUCUGUUUUGCUGGGUUACUGUGGACAGGGCCUAUGGCUUCCAAGAGUGGUGUAACAUUGUUCAGAUGAGAAAAUGGCGAUAACAUCAGCAAUGGCCUCUUGUUAAAGUGUAGAAAGUUCAUAUCUGCUACUUUACUGUUGCAUGCCAUGGAUAUAAACAUUUUCGAUUUGAGUCAUUGAAAUAGCUAAAAUCAGCUAAAACGCUGGACUGUCUUUUAGCCUUUUACCGAACUUAUUUCUUCCUUCUACAAACUCAUUGCAAUAUGACUACAGGUGAUGAAAGUAUUACAGAUAAAAACUUCACAGAACCUGACUUCAAACAAUUCAAACUGGCAUGCUGCCACCUAAAUGACACUGUUGAAGGUUUUGCACUUUAAAAUGACUGCCUUAGCGUUUGAUGGCCUUCAUCAGUGACUUUUUUUUAUCUCAACAUCCUCAUUAUGUUUGUUAGAAUGCACAUUAUUAUACAUCUUUGUUAGAGAGCCGGCAGCUAGUAAAGUCCUGCAACCAGGUCUACUUUUUCCACCUAAGCCUCACAAGCUUGGGAUAAAUGUUACAAAUGUCACAUUCCAAGUUGAAGAAGUUAUAGAAUUUUAUUCCAGUGUUUUGCAUUCAUCUUGAAUAAGUUGUCUUUAUUUUGCCUUUCAUGCCUGUUUUUUUCUUAGUAUUAUUCGGUGUAUUUAUGAGCCUAUUUAUUUGCUGGAGUUUAGUAACUAUAAGCUAGUCCUGACAUCAGGAGAUGUGCCAAUGCUAACAGGGAUGAAUGUUUUUUCUGACCAUUUAAUUUCAGCUUUAAAAUAUAACCCCAUGAAAUUCAGUUCCAUGUCCUUUUAGUAGAUUGUUUUUUUGAUGAAGAAAUUUCGUAAAUGUAAUUCUAAGCCUAUUUUUCUCCUUUUUGCAGUAAUCAUCAUAUAACUGAAGUGAUCUUUAUUACUGAAUUUGUCCUUUUAUACAAAGUAAUUAUUUCAUCUUGCCAUAAGGGUUGUCACAAAUUAAAAUUUCAAGACGAGUACCAAUGCCUAGAAAAUUCUAGAAAACAUUUUCAAUAAUACAGAAAGAAAAAUCUAUGAAGGUUUUCAUAUCGUUUUCACAUUUAAUGAGAAAAUGUCAGAUCUUAAUGACUCUAUCAAAGUUUUUUCUAAUUAGAACGACUUUUUUAUCGUAACAUUACGACUUUACUCACGCAAUAUUAUCAAUAAGUAUUUUUCUUGUAAUAUUAAGACUUUAGUUUGCAAUACUAUGAAUUUAUUAUCGUAACUUCUAAAAGUUAUUUCUUAGUCUGGCCCAAAUACUCCGUCGUACCACUGCAUUCAAAAUCUAAUAAAAAAAUAAAUACAUUUAUUUAUUGGGUUAACUAAUUUUAUUUUACGUAUAAAAAUGUUUAGGUAAAAGGUCACGAGGAACUACAGCUUUAAUCAACACAGGAGACCAAAUUAAAAUAAAACAAAUUGGUCAUUCUUAUGGCUAAACUGUUUGCUCAUGACCAAAACACUUCAGAGUGAUGCAGUUAAAAGAUUAAACCUACUAUCCCCACUAUGAGUUCCAUGUGGGGAUUAAAGAGCAAUCAGGCUGUGGCAGCAGUGGAUUUUUCUCUUCGUUUCUUUAUUUUGUAUAACUAUAGAUUAUUUUGUACUCAUAGGCAAGAUCCCAAGAUUGUCCACCAAUCUUUCCCCAUGAAACAUUCAGUACAACAUGGAUCAUGUUGAGUUUAUUUGGCCCCAAUAAUGAUCUCAUACCAAAGUAUUAAAUAGUUUUAGGUGAACCAGAUCAGAUCACAGUUUUAGGAUUGUAGAAGUCUGCUGUGGUCUGGACUCAACAUGGAUUAGCUGUUGGUCCAACCUUUAGAAACAACUAAGAUGGUUUUACACAAAAUGAAGAAAUUAAGAUGUUUGUCUACUUCUACUCAGAUAUUGACUCCAGCCCACAUAAAAAAUCUGAUCUGUCACUUUAAGUUGACAGCUCUACCUGUCAGGCUGUGUGAAGUAGCUGGAUGAGGGAAAUGAGCCGCAUGUAUCUUUAUCUAAUCAUCUGAAAACUUACAGGAUUAUUUAAGGAUUAUUUUGACAACUGUACAUUGUAUAUAAUGAAGCUGUCUUGUCCAAAAUCAGUGUGGUUCAUUAAAACAGAGGCGAGCAUCUGCAUUCUAACUUUCUAGAAUGCAUUAAUAAAUUAUGAAUUAAUAAUAAAUGGCCAGAUUUAAUUUUACUUUGCUAUAUGCUGUGUGCGUUUUGUUGAUUGGUCCCCAUUUGGUGUAAGAAUAUGCUUUAAGGUGCUGGGUUUGAUACAUGAGCUUAAUGUUUUUCAAAAAGCUAAAAAUGGGAACGGCUGCCAACUACAUCCAUAAUGUUUCCAAGAAAAAAAAGUCAGUAAUGAAUAAUAUCUUCUUUGUCUAAUUCAUAGAGCCAUAAACUAUAUUAAUAAACCGCUGUGUGUUACAGGGAGACCUAUUAUAAAUCAGUUUUUGGACUAAAAUGUUAGAUACUAUCUACUUUGCUUUUACAGUCGGAUGGAUAAUAUGCCAACUGAUUAUUAGAAUAGCCAGAAACUAAUCAGCGAUAGAGACACUACAGCUGCUUUUACAUUCAGAAUAUCUGGAAGGACCGGCUCUUGGUACUUUCCUUCAGUGUCUGGUGUUUCUCUGCUCUGGGAUUUGUGAACAUGUGAAUGUGUUGUGCAUGUGUUAUGCUGUCCUGUAAAUAUUUUCUGCUAUCUGCACAAUAAAGUUACCAAACAUGA